AACACAAACAAACACAUAGUCUUCUUACACACUAAGCAUAGUGAGUGUCAUUCAUCAUCAAUCAGAAAAUACCCUACCUUUUUCCGAUGAGUGUCAAAACGACAACCACCACAAGAGAUUCCGUUGUCGUUCCACCUUCAACGUCGACGACAGAAGUAAUCGACGUUGAAACUUUUCAAUUCUCUUCACCCAUCGCCACCACUACCUCCGACGUCAUCAACCUCUCCGAUAUCGAAGAGGACGACGAUGAUGACGUCAAAAUUCUGAAUUUCGUUCCGAAAAACACCUCUUUCGGAAAACGGAGAAGAGUCAAACUCGAAAAAGGUGAAUCAUCAAAACAAAAUUCAAAUCCAAACGAAGUGCCGUUUUUCUGUGAAAUCUGCACAGAAACGAAAACCACUAAGGAAGCUUUUUUCAUCACUGGUUGUAACCAUGCUUACUGCUCUGAUUGCGUCGUGCUUUACGUUCGUUCAAAAAUUGAAGAAAAUGUGAUCAAUGUACGGUGUCCUGAAAGUGGUUGUAGUGGAUUAUUGGAAGCUGAGGAAUGCCGGGCGAUUUUACCUGUCGAGGAUUUUGAUCGAUGGGGGAAAGCUUUAUGCGAGGCGAUGUUUGAUGUUAAUGAGAAAUUUUACUGUCCAUUUCCGGAUUGUUCUGCGCUUUUGAUUAAUGAUGGGACGGAGGCUGUUCUGCAAUCGGAGUGUCCAAAUUGUAGGAGAUUGUUCUGUGCACAAUGUAAGGUCUCGUGGCAUGAUGGGAUCGGGUGUAGCGAAUUUCAGAAGCUGAAUGCGGAUGAGAGAGGGAAGAAUGAUAUUAUGUUGAUGAAACUUGCUAAGGAAAAGCAGUGGAAAAGGUGUCCGAAUUGUAAGUAUUAUGUUGCUAAGUCCGAGGGUUGCUUGUACAUGAAAUGCAGGUGUGGAAUUGCUUUCUGUUACAACUGUGGAGUCCCUAACAAGAAUACCAUCCAUUAUUGCAGCAACUGUAAACACUAACGACUUUGACUGCUAGUAACUUCAUGUUAUUAUGCAAUAUAAAGGUUCGAAUUGUUUAGACCUUCAUGUGAAUAUGAAAAUAAUUUAUCUUUAUCGCUAAGAGUUAUGAGUGGAUGAUUCCAAUAUAUGGUUGGCAGCAGUACAUGCAAUGGAAGCAUGUCAUGUAAUUCUAGACCCAAAAACAUAUACAUUACCUCCUAGACUGAUAUUCUUAUAAACAAUGUCCUGUGAUUUAGACAUCUGAAGUAGUUCCUGGAAUUGUCAGUGCUCAAAACACUAAUAAAAGUAUGAAAACUUCUGUUGUUUUUUCUAUCGGUUGCUA